GCGGCCACGGGGCUCGGGCCCUGCGCGCGAGCAGAGGGCAAGAGGAGGGCCGGGGCGGGCGGCUCCGAGGGUCCCAACGUCCUGAGGCGGCAGCUGCCCACCUCCACCUCCGAGAUGCGGAGCCUCCCUCCCGCAAACGUGACCUUGGGUUGGUAACUCGCUUACCCAUUCAGCACGUGUGUCAGCCGCCGUCGUGGGCCCUGGCGCUGCUGCGGUGACAGCCAUUCACCCCUGCCCCAUGCACAGAGAUCUCUGGCAGCUGACCGGCACAUGGACACAGAACUGGCUCCAGGAAGAUGUUUCGUGAUCUGGUGCCCACCCAGCGCGGGAAGCCACUGGGCGGCCCCUGGCUGUUGACAAGACAGUUGCUUUAAUAAGGCUUCUUGGCAGAAUCCACAGAUUCCGAAGUAGUUAAUUUCUAAGGCAAUGAGACGAAAUAGCACCCAGACAGCCAUUGCUGCAGUCAACGGCAGCAAGUCCUGCGACAGGUCCAAGGCCAGGGAUUUAAUGUGCAAAAUGGUGGUUAUACCGGACGAGCAUAUUUUGUAUCCUCCCACACAAAAGCUCAUGAACUUAAGACCUCACUCUUCACCAUGUAGAGUGUAUUCAAGGAAUGGUUUCCAACAUAUGUUUAGACCUUCUUCAACCACUGCUAUUGCAAACCCAGUACUGUCCUCCUUAGAUAUCAAGCGGAUUUUAUUUCAAAAAAUUACUGAUAAAGGAGAUGAGUUGAAAAAGGCCUUUCAGCUGCUCGAUACUAGUCACAACAUGACAGUGUCGAAGAGUGAACUGAAAAGAGUUGUCACCACCUUUCUGAUGCCUCUCACGAGGGAACAGUUUCAAGAUGUCCUGGCUGAGAUCCCCGUCACCAGCUCUGGGACCAUUCCUUACCUUGAAUUCCUGUCCAGGUUCGGUGGAAUGGGCCUAAAUAUAAAUGUUAUAAAGAGGGGAGGUGGGAAUGAAAUGAAUUGCAGUCGGACAGUUAAAGAACUUGAAAUCCAAGUAGGAGAAAAGAUUUUCGAGAACAUUAAAACAGUUAUCAAAGCCUUCAAGCUCAUUGAUGUUAACAAGACCGGUCUGGUCCAGCCCCAUGAGCUGAGGAAAGUUCUGGAGACCUUCUGUUUGAAGAUGAAAGACGAUGAAUACAAAAAGUUUGCAGAGCACUACGACAUUGAUAAAGACACUACAGUGGACUAUAAUGUUUUUUUGAAGAACCUCAGUAUAAAUAACGACUUGAAUCAUAGAUAUAAAGUGGGAAACCCAGAGGUCUCCUGGGAGAAUCAAUCUGUCAAAACUUCCAAAAGGGAGUGCCUUCACAGCCCAGUUUCAUCUGAAGAUGUCUGGGAAAACUACUCCCUAGAAGGAAUUGAGAAGACCUUCUGCCAGGAGCUUUCCAAGUCCUAUGGAAAGGUUGAAAAAGCCCUGAGUGCAGGGGACCCCUCUCAAACUGGCUAUGUGUCUUUGAAUUACCUAAAGAUCGUCUUUGACACCUUUGUAUACCGAUUACCGAGGAGGACUUUUAUCCAGUUAAUGAAGAGAUUUGGACUUAAAGCCACCACUAAAGUCAACUGGAAACGAUUCAUAACCUCACUUUAUGAGUCACAGUGGGUGGAGGCCAUCAAUACAGUCCCCCAGACCAAAAGAAACAGCCUCACCACUAGAAAUCAAUCUCACAAGGAAAACAUUCUCACAAAGUUAUCUAGACACAAGGAUCACUACGCAUCAUUGAAGAAAGUGCUACUGAACGCCAGCACCCAACCCGAUGGACGGAUACCAGGUGAAGAAUUGCGACAUAUUCUAAAUUGCGAGGUUGUAAAAAUCAGUGAUUCAGAAUUCAAAGAACUAAUGCAGACGCUUGACCCUGAGGGCACCGGAUGGGUCAACGUCAACACCUUCGCCCAUCUGCUUGAAGAGAACCCUAAGGUGGAAGAGAUCGUCCGCGACUCAAUUACUAGGAAUCUACAAGCCUUCUAUAAAAUGCUACAGUCAUACGACCUCGGGGACACGGGGCUCAUUGGUCAAAAUAAUUUCCAGAAAAUCAUGCACCUCUUCUGCCCCCUUUUAACAGCUGAGCAUUUACUGAAACUCUGCAGUAAGUUUCAGGAUAACACUUCAGGAAGAAUCCUUUACAAGAAACUUUUGGCAUGCAUUGGAAUUUGUGGCCCACCCACCAGCUCUCCAGUGCUUGUUCCAAAGGAUCAAGCGUUAAGUGAACAUUCUCAUAAAGAGAAACAGCAGCAGCCGGACCUUCCCGACAGAAUGAAGCCCACUGGGGACAAAAGCACCCUGACCAAGAAAAUGACUAAGGAUGAAGUGAUUGAAAAACUCAAAAGACGUAUACAGCAGCAAGACCCAGCAUUCCUAAAAAUAUUUCUUGAAUUCAGCAAGGAGCCUGCUGGCAAAAUUAAUGCGCAUGACUUCAAGAAGGUACUGGAAAAGAGUGGAAUGCCCAUGGACAAUGACCAGUAUGCUCUGCUCACUGCAAAACUAGGAUAUAAGAAAGAAGGGAUGAGUUACCUGGAUUUUGCAGCAGGAUUUGAAGACAGUAAAAUGAAGGGGCCAGGAGUGGCUCCAUCGCAGACUCCGGUUCUUUCCAAGAGUAACGUGGACAGCUACUUUAUAACCGCAGAAGAAUGCCUGAAGCACUUCCCGCAGAGACUGAAGGAAGCCUUCCGGGACCCCUACUCUGCCUUCUUUAAAAUAGACACUGACAGGGAUGGCAUAAUCAACAUGCGUGAUAUCCACAGAUUGCUACUGCUCUUACUGUUCAAUCUUAAAGACAACGAGUUUGAGCGCUUCCUGAGCCUUCUUGGCUUGAGACUCAGCGUCACACUAAAUUUUCGGGAAUUUCGAAAUCUGUGUGAGAAGACAUCUUUCAGAACAGACGACGCGCCUCAAAGACUCAUCAGACCCAAACAGAAGGUCGCCGAUUCAGAACUCGCUCGUGAGCAGGCCCAUCAGUAUCUUGUUACCAAAGCAAAAACCAGAUGGUCAGACUUAUCUAAGAAUUUCAUAGAAACCGACAGCGAGGGCAAUGGCAUUCUUCGGCGGCGGGAUAUAAAGAACGCGCUGUAUGGUUUUGAUAUUCCUCUAACACCAAGGGAAUUCGAGAAGCUCUGGAUGAGCUAUGACACCGAGGGAAGAGGACAUAUAACUUACCAAGAAUUUUUACAGAAGUUGGGGAUUAGCUACUCGGCCGACUUGCAUCGGCCCUAUGCCGAGAACUACUUCAACUUCAUGGGUCAUUUCACGAAGCCCCAGCAGGUGCAUGAGGAGACCCGACAGCCGCAGCGGAGCCCAGACAGGGCCGUGCCGGCCAGGGACAAGCUUAAAGACCAUUAUCAAGACAUCAGCAAAGCACUCACCCAACUGGAUAAAUCCAAUAAUGGCUACAUAUCCAUAAGCAAGAUGCAGAAAGUGCUGGAGGAGUGCGGUUGCCCCCUGAGGGGGGAGGGGCUGACCGAUCUUCUGAACAGUUGGGGAAUCAGCUGGCAUGAUGAUGCCUUCAAUUACCUUGACUUCUUGAAAGAGGUGGAGAAUGGCAAGCCAGCAAGACCUCAGCCAAAAGAAAAAGAGGAGAGCUCACCAAUCAAUUUUGAGACGAUAGACCCGGCGGACAUUGUGAAGAGCAUGCAGGAAGUUGUCAACUCCUCCAAUGUGGCUUUGUCAACGGCAUUUUCUGCAUUGGAUAAAGAGGACACUGGGUUUGUAAAGGCUUCAGAUUUUGGACAAGUUCUUAAGGAUUUCUGUUACAAACUCACAGAUAACCAGUAUCAUUAUUUCUUGAGAAAACUGAAAAUUCAUCUAAGCCCCCAUAUACAUUGGAAAUAUUUUCUCCAGAACUUCGACUCUUUCUCUGAAGAGGCUGCUGCCGAGUGGGCCGAGAAAAUGCCCAAGGGCCCCCCACCCAUGGCUCCCAAGGAGGCCGCACACCAGGAGCUCCUGGCUCAGGUCCACAAGGCGGUGGGCGCCCACUACAGCGCGAUCGCUCAGGAGUUUGACAAUUUCGACACCAUGAAAACAAACACCACCUCCAGGGAUGAAUUCAGGGCUAUCUGUGCCCGCCACGUGCAGGUGCUGACAGAUGAGCAGUUUGACAGGCUGUGGAGCGAGAUGCCAGUCAACGCCAAGGGGAGGCUCAAGUAUCUGGACUUCCUGAGCAUGUUCAGCUCCGACAGAGGGGCCACACCGCCAGCCUCGGGCGGGUCGGCCAAGGCCCAGAGAGGCAGCAGUGUUCCGGAAGUCUCGGAGAGAAGCAGGUCCGAAGUUUCAUCAUCGCCCGCUCACGACCUCAGAGCAGGGCUGAAAACGCGGAGCCACCCCUGUACCCCAGGCAGCAGAGACACAGCCCCGGACACCCUGCCCUUGCAGAACUGUGAGCCCAUAGAGAGCAAGCUCCGGAAGAAACUUCAGGGCUGCUGGCGGGAGUUCCUGAAGGAAUGCAAAGAGAAGGACGUGGCCAAGCAGGGGGACAUCGCCACGGCCGAGUUCCUGGCCCUCGUGGAGAAGUUCACUCUGGACAUCAGCGGAGAGGAGAGUCAGCAGCUUGCCGUGAAGUAUGACUUAAAGAACAACGGGAGGUUUGCUUAUUGUGACUUCAUCCAGAGCUGCGUCCUCCUGCUGAAAGCCAAGAAAACCUCGCUGAUGCAGAGGAUGCAAAUUCAGAACGCACACAAGAUGAAAGAAGCUGGACCUGAGACUUCUGCCUUUUACUCGGCUUUACUGCGGAUUCAGCCCAAAAUUGUGCACUGCUGGAGGCCGAUGCGACGCACCUUCAAAGCCUAUGAUGAGGGCGAGACCGGGCUCCUAAGCGUGUCUGACUUCCGGAAGGUCCUGAGACAGUACAGCAUCAACCUCUCGGAGGAGGAGUUCUUCCACAUCCUGGAGUAUUACGACAAGACGCUGUCUUCCAGAAUCUCCUACAAUGACUUCCUGCGGGCCUUCCUGCAGUAGGCGGCCGCCACGCUGCCUCCAGCGCGGACGGGCAGGGACCACGGGCCUGUCCCUAAGACUAGAGAAAUCACAGAACUGGGAGGGGGUCUCCAGAAACACACGCAGCCCUGUGUCUUUCCCGGCGGUUAAGGCUCCGUGCUGGCCCACGGCUGCAGCGUAAGGCACGGCUCUGCCUGUGGCCUCGGGCCGCCCCCACGGAGCCACGGGACCCUUCAGUCACUUGGAACAAAUAAAAUGUUAGUCUUUGCAGAAA